CAUUCUGUAUACAUCGAAGUGAGCUGCUUACGAAAGGGGUUCUUCCAUCCACAGGGUUUUUGCUUCAGUUGCAGAUAGCCGGUCGGUAACAAUGGAGUCAGGAGGUGCCAAGGCAGGAAAGGGAGGAAGAAAGGGCGGAGCGAAGAAGAAGAGCGUCUCCAAGUCGGUGAAGGCAGGCCUUCAGUUCCCUGUGGGCAGAGUAGGCAGAUAUCUCAAGAAGGGCAGAUAUGCUAAGAGAGUUGGUUCUGGUGCCCCAAUUUACAUUGCCGCCGUGAUGGAGUACUUGGCAGCUGAGGUGCUGGAGCUCGCUGGUAACGCGGCUAGGGACAAUAAGAAGAACAGAAUUAUUCCUAGGCAUCUCCUGCUCGCAAUCAGGAAUGACGACGAAUUGGGGAAAUUGUUGGGCGGUGUGACGAUUGCCCAUGGUGGUGUUCUGCCCCACAUACAUCAGGUUCUCCUCCCCAAGAAGUCUGCCGCAUCUUCAGAAAAGGAGCCCAAGUCUCCUAAGAAGAAAUGAACUCCAUUGAUUUGGAAUUGCAGGUUCAUGCUUCGAUAUGAUUUUCUGUGAAGUAUUAUUCACUUGAAAUACGAUGUUGGAACCUAACUGCUGCUCAAAACGGUUUUCUUUUGUAAAAACCUAUAACCUUGGACGAAACCCCAUUAUAGUAAUUCUCUUGUUCCUGAAUUAACCAUUCACGUCUCCUUUCAUCUAAAGUCUAUUGCUAUUGUUCAUUGUAAAAUAGAAUCUAUUGUAAUAUUAUAAUAAAGUGUAAGAGAUCAUGUCACUAGGAUUGAUGACAUGGCUCAUGUUUUCCCCAUCUUGUUUUCAACUAGGAGAAUUCUUGUGUUGGACAUGCACGAUGCACUGCGGCUUGUUGCGAAAACCUGCAGAUUAAGUCGUUGAGCUUCGCAUUAACUUGUUACAUUGUAGGAAGGGGCAAUUGAUGUGGAGAUACCUGCCCUUAUUCCACUAUUAACAUUAAAUACAUCAUGUUAUGGUUUCAACUUUUAA